AUGAUGGGGGCAGCGAAACGAAUAAUGAUGACACGACCGAGUCAUUAUAAGGUCAAUUACUCCAUAAACGCUUGGAUGGAUGUUCACAAUCAAGCGGAUAGCUCAAAAGCGACAAAACAAUGGGAGAUGCUGAAGUCUACAAUUGAAAAAUGCGGAGCAAAUGUAGAAGUGAUGGAAUCGGAGGAUGCGAAGCACUAUCCAGACAUAGUAUUCUGCGCAAACGCUGGAAUUAUCCGAGGCAGAAAAGUCUAUCUUUCCCACUUUGCAUAUCCCGAACGCGCCGGUGAAUUCGUCUAUUAUCAAAGAUUUUUCGAAUCCAUUGGUUACGAAACAUUUUACAAUAAAGAACUUGUGCACGAAGGCGCUGGUGAUGCUCUUUGGUGUAGUAAAGGAAUGAACACAUUAGUGAGCGGAGUGGGGCCACGUUCAGAUCACCGCUCGUGUUCCGAUAUUUCUAAGAAUUUGCUUAUAUCAAAAGACGACGAAUUUCAAGUAGUAGCAGCGAGGCUUAUAGAUCCUAGGUUUUAUCACAUCGACACAUGUUUUUGUCCUUUGAAUGAGAAUCAAGCUUUAUCGUAUUUGCCUGCAUUUGAUCCAGUUUCGCAGAAUAAUAUUCAAAAUUAUACUGAUAUUGUUCAAGUUCCCGAAGAAGAUGCAAAGAAAUUUGCGUGCAACGCUGUCGUCGUUGGGAAACACGUGAUUCUACAUCAAGGAUCCGAAACAACAAUGAAACUGUUGGAGAAGAACGGUUUUGAGCCUCAUCCGAUUGACAUGUCGGAAUUUAUAAAAGCCGGCGGUUCGGCGAAAUGUUGCACACUGCGUUUAGAAUAA